AUGAAGCUCCUUCUCUUCCUCUUUGGCCUUGUUAAUCUCUUCGCCUUUGUACGUACAGUACCUCGAGCCCUUUUGGACUAUUCUAUUCUAAAUUUGUCCAACAGGCUUCCGCAUCUCCCCUUGUCGCUGAAUAUAAUGUUUCCAAUCCUUUGGUAGGCCGUGACACUAGUGAUAAGGUGAGUAACUCAUUACUUCAUCCCCGACUCCUGACUCCGGUACUGGAAGUAUAACUGACAAUAUGAAGGUCACUCCGACACUCUGUACAUGGGACACUGCCCAACCAUGGGUUGAAUCUUGGGACUUCAACGUUGGUAUGUUUCCUCAUGUUAUAAUCCUUCUAGCGCCCCCGGCUCAACACACCUAGGCAUUGCAAUUGACGACUUAGCCAAGCGCGGUGGCCGCUGCUAUGGCAGAGCCAAUGACUGCGGUCAGAUCGCUUGCCAUGGAGAUGCUCACAUUGUGCUUUGCAACGAUAAUGAUUACGACAUAUAUCCAGAUUGUACAUACCUUUCGACAUACGCCGAUGACAUAAGAACAGAUUGCCAGUAUUUCUCGUGGACUUCUUCAAAGUGGUAUACUGGAGGACAGAAGUUUGAUACUGUAAGUACCUAAAAUCUGUUUUCUUCCCAUACAUAGCUCCAACGGCCUACUGACCACCUCACCAGGACCACUACAACAUCAUUGUUAAGGAUCCGAAAGGAGCGUGUUAG